AUGGUUCAGGGCAAGUGUGAGCUCAUCGCCCUGUGUCUGGGCAUCAUCGGUCUGAUCGGUGCGGUUUCUGUCACGGGCCUUCCCAUGUGGAAAGUGACGGCGUUCAUCGGUGAGAACAUCAUCGUGAUGGAGACGCGCUGGGAGGGUCUGUGGAUGACGUGCUUCAGACAGGCCAACAUCCACAUGCAGUGCAAAGUCUACGACUCUCUGCUGUUCCUGCCGCUGGACCUGCAGGCGGCCCGCGGGUUGACGUGUUGCGCUCUGGCGCUGUCUGGAGUCGGGCUGCUUGUGUCUCUCGUAGGCCUCCGUUGCACAUUGUGUCUCAGGGAUCAACCGCGGUCCAAAAGCCUCAUUGCAAUGGCCGCGGGGCUGAUGCAGAUCUUAGCGUCCGUGUGCGUAAUCAUCCCGGUCUCUUGGACGGCCCACACCAUCAUUAGAGACUUCUACAACCCUCUACUGAUUGACGCCCAGCGCAGGGAACUAGGAGAGGCGCUGUAUAUCGGUUGGGUAACUAGUGCUUUUCUGUUGGCAUCUGGAAUUAUAUUUCUCUGUCGUCGUGUUGAUCCAAAACCAGGCUCAUUUCAUGGUCGUCCACAAGCUAACAAACCCAUUUUAAACCGCCUCCAGACCUUUAACUCUUUAAGACACCAGCCUUUGGUCCAGACCAACAGUCUUUCCAUUCAACAGCCUUCGCCGUCCGUGUUCAGCUACGCCAUUACGCCCUCUAGUGGUCAACAUUCACCAUACAGUAUGCAGGCCAUGGCCACAGGGUCUUUAGUGUACAGUCAGAACGGUCAGAAUCCGAACUAUUAUGGCCAAAAUGUGAUGCAGUACGUAUCCAGGAACACGCAUUACCCGCGUCAGCUUUCCACACACUUUAAAGGAAGCAACGGCAGCGAUCCGUUCACUUCAUACGCCACGGGAUCCACGUUUCAUCCUGUGCCGCAGAAUCCGCUCUUCGUAGGGUACAACUACUCCAGGGUGCAGUCGUACAGCUCGGACAGUAGCUCUGGAUUGCGUAUAUAA